AUGAGCACACUGUUCCAGCCUGCUCCGCGCAGCCCGUUCGGCCCCUCGCUGGACACGGCGACGAGGCGACGGAGCAUGGCUGUCAUACCACAAGAGCCUCCCUCGCCGAAGUCUGGCAAUGGCCCUGACAUCGAUAUGUCACUGAGCUCGCCGCCUCCAUCAGCCAUGGGUCCUCCAGCCCAGAACUCCCCCGAAGACGAGCACCUAAAGGCCAUGGCCAACGGCAACCGAGACCAAAACCAUACACCAACACCCAACAGCAACGCCGCCGCAGUGGGUGCGGCGCAGGGCCCAAAAGUCGUCCAAACAGCAUUCAUACACAAACUAUACAGCAUGCUAGAAGAUCGCACAAUCUCACACCUCAUCUCCUGGUCGAACAACAACGACAGCUUUGUCAUGUCACCAUCUAACGAAUUCUCAAAAGUCCUAGCUCAGUAUUUCAAACACACCAACGUCUCCUCCUUUGUCCGCCAACUUAACAUGUAUGGCUUCCAUAAAGUCAGCGAUGUCUUCCACACGGGCUCGCCCGAGGCCGCGCUCUGGGAGUUCAAGCACGGGAACGGCAACUUCAAGAAGGGCGACCUGAUGGGGCUAAGAGAGAUAAAAAGGCGUGCCUCACGGCAUACCCUGAUCCAUCGCGAUUCGUUCCCCGCGCCUCCCAAGCCUCCCGGGGCGGUCGCGUCUCAGCCUGGGACGCCGGCUGAGGUGAUGCCGGAUACCGAUCAAAGGGUCGCGCAUUUGGAGUUCUUGUUCAAUGAUGUGCAUGCUCGCUUAUCGCGGACGGAGGAGAGUCACGCGUUGCUCAAUUCGCGGUGCCAGGCUCUCACCGAUAGCCUGAGUAGAUGCCAUCAGUGGAUGCAGACUUUUGGUGGGGCGCUGCAGAACUUGGCGCCUCAGGAAAGUGCUAUGGCGAGCGAGAUCUCAAACAUGCAGAAGGAGAUUGGGCGGCAGCUGGAAUACGUCCGUGCACUUGAGCAGCCAGCGGAGCCGAUGAUGAACGGAGGAGGCAGAUCGCUAUAUUCGAAUAUUCCUCUAGAGCCCCCGAUCUCGCCGAGAGGCUACAAUUAUCCCGACAGCCGUCGAUCAUCUGUACAGAUCGAGCCGCAGCAUGUUGGCUUGACGGCAGCCAGGCCGCCAGUGCCUCCUAUUCCAGCACAUUUUGCAACAUCACCACGAAGGUUUGGAUCGAUCAGUGGUGGGAGUCAACCCUCGCCUGGGUUCAGCCGGCCGCCUCUGCCGCCACAGCAACCACAUCCCCUCUCUUCGGUCGCGACGCCGGAUGUACCACCCAGUCUUGCUCGAAGGCAUACCUCUGCCGACAUCCGGGAACACGGCUGGCCUCUUCCUCCUCCGCCCGAGGCCAACAACCAUGCACCUCCGCAGCCACCGCAAUGGCAACCGCCAUCGCCACCUCAGCCUCCAAUUCCAGGCGACCAACACAUCCGCGACCAGUUGGCAUCCUACUCGAUCAACGGACCACGGCGACCAGACCGUCAGCGUCGCCGCCAAUUCAUCACCUAUCGCUGGACCAGAUGGCGGUGCGCCACCGUCGUCUGGCCUCGGCGUAGAUGGUGUGGCCUGGAACAGCAGGUUCCCGAAGUCGACAUUCGAGCUGCAUUCGGCACCCGCGACUCGACGGAGCAGCAUGGCUAG